AUGCCAGGUCCCAUUGAAAACAAAGCCGCUGCAGGCAUCUCCUACUUCUCCCCAGCGCAGAUUCCACCCGCCGGGUCCGCCGCAAUCCCUCAAUCCGACGGCACACAACCACCCAAGCUCUUCCAACCCUUCACCGCACGAGGCCUCACAUUCCAUAACCGCAUCGGUCUCUCCCCUCUCUGUCAGUACAGCGCUCAGGAUGGCCACAUGACAGAUUGGCACCUGGCCCACCUGGGCGGUAUCGCGCAACGUGGACCCGGUCUGCUUAUCGCCGAAGCCACCGCGGUCCAAGCCAACGGACGGAUCACCCCAGAGGACUCCGGCCUCUGGAAAGACUCGCAGAUCGAGCCCCUGCGUCGCGUCGUGGAAUUCGUCCACUCACAGAGCCAAAUCAUCGGUGUGCAGCUCGCCCACGCCGGUCGCAAGGCCAGCACCGUGGCGCCCUGGCUCAGCAUGGCGGACACAGCGGUCGCGGAGUUCGGCGGCUGGCCCGAUAAUGUCAAGGGCCCAAGCAAUGUGCCGUUCCACGCGAACUUCCCCACUCCCCAGGCAUUGACGAAGGAAGAGAUUGAAACUUUCAAGAAGGAUUGGGUUUCGGCCGUGAAGCGCGCCGUCCAGGCUGGCGUGGACUUCAUCGAGAUCCACAAUGCGCACGGAUACCUGCUGAUGAGCUUCCUGUCGCCUGCGACUAAUGAUCGCACCGACGAGUACGGUGGUAGCUUCGAGAACCGUAUUAGACUCUCGUUGGAAGUCGCCAAGCUCACGCGCGAGAACGUGCCGGACAACAUGCCGAUCUUCCUCCGUGUCUCCGCGACCGACUGGUUGGAGGAGUCAUUGGCUGACAAGCCCAGCUGGCGCUUGGAGGACACCGUCAAGUUUGCCCAAGUGUUGGCGGAGAGCGGCAACAUCGACGUUUUGGAUAUCAGCAGCGGUGGCAACCACCAACAACAGCACAUCCACGCCAAGCCCGCGUUCCAGGCACCAUUUGCCGUUGCCGUUAAGAAGGCUGUGGGCGAUAAACUCCAGGUUGGCACAGUGGGUAUGGUUGGCUCUGCUGAGUUGGCCAACUCUCUGGUCGAGAAAGAGGGCUUGGACUUUGUCCUUGUUGGUCGAGGAUUCCAAAAGAACCCUGGCCUUGUCUGGACAUGGGCCGAGGAACUUGGUGUCGAUAUUUCCAUGGCCAACCAGAUUCGCUGGGGCUUUGCUUCUCGUGGAUCUGGCGCCGGCCCUUACCUGCGCAACCGCCCUCGUUCUGAUAAAAUUUAG